UGCUCCGGCUGCUCCCUGCUCGGGGUCUGAUGCUGCCGGGGCUUCUCUCCUCCCUGCCUGAUGCUGCCGGGGCUUGGGCUUCUCUCUCCGUUUCUCUCUUCUCUGAUGCUCCCAGGGCUUGGGCUUCUCCUUGCUCUCUCGUCUGAUGCCGCUGGGGCUCGGGCUUCUCUCCUCGUUGUCUGACGCGGUGGGGGAUUGGGUUUCUCUCCUCGUUUCUGCGUUCUCUGAUGCUGCGCGAUCCUUUCUCCACGCGUGGGGUGAUGCUCGGGGGCUGGAAUUAGGUCUCGGAGCUCCUGCUGCACGCCCACCCCCAUCACCCACCCACCCAGCCGGGGCAUCCACCUCUCCCAUCGCUGUCACCCGCUCCUGUGUCGCUUCUCCAUGCCGGGCUCCACCGGGAGCUGGAAUCUCUCCGGGAAGGACUGGCAUGUCACAGCAGCGUGAGGAGGGCAGCUGGCCCGCCCUGGCCACGGUGUCUGCGCUGGGGAGUGUCGAUCUCUGCCGGCGAGGUUUGCAAAGCAGCAGCCCACCGAGGGAGAGAAGCCAGCCUGCAGCCUCUUCUUUUUCAUCGGAAGGCUGGAAGGGUGCCGGGGAGCUGGAGCCCGACUCGCUUGAGGACGGGAGGCGGCGAGGGAGCGCUGAGCACCGGCUGCACGGCAGGAAAGCGGAGCUGAGCGGGGAUGGAUGUGUGGCGGCUGUGAAGGGAGCCUGGGCGUGGAAACAGGAGUGCCUGCACUCAGCCAGGGUGUGGGCAAACUGAGCAGCAUCCUUGGGCCGCUCGCGGUACCUGGAGGAGCUGCUUGGGAGGGUCAGAAGCCGGUGAGGGUGGGGGUACCUGCCCCGGAGCAGACGUGCGGACAACGGAGGGAGCUCAGCAUUCCUGGAGCGACGCUGGUGGGGAGCCGAGGGGCAGCUGCACGCUGCCAGCGCGGUGAGACCUCCCCUCCCAUCUCUGCCAAGAGGAUACAGACAUUGCCAAGGCUGCGAGACUGAAAGCGGUCCCAUGCCGGCACCCCUCGCGCUGUCCCUGUCCCAGCCCUGCUCCUGGGAGCCGGCGCGUGUCGGUGCUGUGACAGCCCUCACCGUCCCCACGCCGGUAGCAGCUUGUCCCUGUCCUGGUGGGCUCAGCCGUGGAACUUCAGCUCUCAGCGCUUUUGUGUGAGGUUGUUGAGUUUGCUUUCUACGAACAAGCGUGGAUCGACAUCUCCCAGGCUGGACGAGGGAUUGCUGAGCGCAGGACUGAGGGUGCCUCUCUGGAACGGGCUCAGACCUGGCCCCUAAGCUGUGCUUCUGAGAUGGCAGAUGUGGGGACAAACUCUUGCUCCUGAAGGUGUCCCCAACCUGCCCUGCCCUCCGGCGAGCGGAGGAUGGGAACUUCUGGGAAAACUUAGGUCUUGUGGCUGCCAAAGACAACCAGGGACGGGGGGAAGAGGGAUCUGUGUGAGCUUUGUGGCUACUCUGCUUCGGAUGGGUCGGCAGCGGGUUGAGCUUUGGCCUGCAGCGUGACGGCCGAGCAUGACAGCUUGCCAGUACCCCAUGGCGCCGGGGGCCCUGGAGCGGGACCGCAUGUAUCAGCACAAGGUCUCCUUGGUGGUGCGAUAUUUCAUGAUCCCGUGCAACAUCUGCCUCAUUCUCCUGGCCACUUCGACCCUGGGAUUUGCUGUGCUGCUCUUCCUCAACAACUACAAGCCCAAUAGUUAUUUUACUCAGACGCCACCGACGCCACGAGAUGUGUGUCGAGGGAUGCUGUGCGGGUUCGGGGCGGUGUGCGAGAGGAGCCCCACUGACCCUUCUCAGGCCUCCUGCGUCUGUAAGAAGACCGCUUGCCCCAUCGUGGUGGCUCCCGUGUGCGGCUCGGACUAUUCCACCUACAGCAACGAGUGUGAGCUGGAGAAGGCGCAGUGCAACCAGCAGAGACGGAUCAAAGUCAUCAGCAAGGGACCGUGUGGCUCCAAGGAUCCCUGCGCAGAGGUGACCUGCAGCUUUGGCAGCACGUGCGUCCGCUCCACUGAUGGCCAGUCAGCCAAGUGUGUCUGCCCGUCAUCCUGCAGCGGCGUGCCCGAGAGCACGGUGUGUGGCAGCGACGGCAAAGACUACCGCAGCGAGUGUGACCUCAACAAGCACGCCUGCGACAAGCAGGAGAAUGUUUUCAAGAAGUUUGAUGGCGCCUGCGACCCGUGCAAAGGCGUCCUCAAUGACAUGAAUCGUGUUUGCCGGGUGAACCCCCGCACCCGAAGGGCAGACCUGCUCUCCCGCCCUGAGAACUGUCCCCCAAAGAGGGAGCUCGUGUGCGGCGACGACGGGGUGACUUAUGACAACGAGUGUAUGAUGGGGCGCUCGGGGGCCAUCCGAGGGCUGGAGAUCCAGAAGGUGCGUUCAGGGCAGUGCCAGCAUCAGGACAAAUGCAAGGAGGAGUGCAAGUUCAACGCUGUCUGCCUGAACCGCCGGGGCACCGCUCGCUGCUCCUGUGACCGCAUCACCUGCGACGGUGCCUACCGACCUGUCUGUGGCCGGGACAGCCGGACCUACAGCAACGACUGUGAGCGUCAGAAGGCCGAGUGCCACCAGAAAGCUGCCAUCCCAGUAAAGCACAGCGGACCCUGUGACCUGGGCACGCCCAGCCCGUGCCUGAGCGUGGAGUGCACCUUCGGGGCCACCUGUGUGGUGAAGAACCAGGAGGCCGUGUGCGAGUGCCAGCAGGUGUGCCAGGGCCGCUACGACCCCGUGUGCGGCACCGACAACCGCACCUACGGCAACCCCUGCGAGCUCGACUCCAUGGCCUGUGUCCUCAAGAGGGAGAUCAAAGUGAAACACAAGGGGCCCUGCGACCGCUGUGGCAAGUGCCAAUUUGGGGCCAUCUGUGAGGCGGAGACAGGAAGGUGCGUGUGCCCCACGGAGUGCGUUCCCUCCUCUCAGCCCGUGUGCGGCACAGAUGGCAACACAUACGGCAGCGAGUGCGAGCUCCACGUCCGGGCGUGCACGCAGCAGACAAACAUUUUGGUGGCUGCCCAAGGAGACUGCAAGUCCUGCGGCAGCACCGUGUGCUCCUUCGGCAGCAAGUGUGUGGGUGGGCAGUGCGUGUGCCCACGCUGCGAGAAGCAACCCUUCGCUCAGGUCUGCGGGAGCGAUGGCAUCACCUACGACAACCAGUGUGAGCUGCAGGUGGCCUCCUGCCAGCAGAAGAAGAGCAUCGAGGUUGCCAGGAUGGGGCCGUGUGAGGACGAGUGUGGCUCAGGGGGUUCGGGCUCUGGCGAUGGUAGUGAGUGUGAACAGGACCGGUGCCGGCAGUACGGCGGCUGGUGGGACGAGGAUGCCGAGGAUGACCGCUGUGUGUGUGACUUCACCUGCCUGGCAGUGCCACGCAACCCGGUGUGUGGCUCUGAUGGUGUGACCUACACCAACGAGUGUGAGCUGAAGAAGACACGGUGUGAAAAGCGCCAGGAUCUCUAUGUCACUAGCCAAGGAGCCUGCCGCGUCCUGGCCACAACACCACCACCUCUCCUGGUUGUGCACUGCAGCCAGACCAUCUACGGAUGCUGCCCAGACAACAUGACCUUGGCACUCGGAGUGGGUGCAGCUGGAUGCCCAAGCACCUGCCAGUGCAACCCCUAUGGCUCCUACGGGGGAGCCUGUGACCCCGCCACGGGGCAGUGCUCCUGCAAGCCAGGCGUGGGGGGCUUGAAGUGUGACCGCUGCGAGCCCGGCUUCUGGAACUUCCGCGGCAUCGUCACCGACAGCAAGAGCGGCUGCACGCCCUGUAACUGCGACCCGGUAGGAUCAGUGCGCGAUGACUGUGAGCAGAUGACUGGGCUGUGCUCCUGCAAGACUGGGAUUACUGGCAUGAAGUGCAACCAGUGCCCCAAUGGCAGCAAGCUGGGCAUGACUGGCUGUGAGAAAGACCCGUCAGCGCCAAAAUCCUGUGAGGAAAUGAACUGUGAGUUUGGAGCCUCGUGCGUGGAAGUCAAUGGCUUUGCCCACUGCGAGUGCCCAUCCCCGCUCUGCUCGGAGGCCAACAUGACCAAGGUGUGUGGCUCUGAUGGUGUCACUUACGGGGACCAGUGCCAGCUGCAGACCAUCGCCUGCCGGCAGGGCCAAGUCAUCACAGUGAAGCAUGUGGGGCAGUGCCACGAAUCUAUCACCCACACAAGCCAUACAUCACCUCCCACACCACUGCCCACGCUGCCCUUGGACAAGUUAAUCCUUCCUCCGCCGCUGUGGCUCACCACCCGGGCUCCAGAACCCACCAAGCUGGCUACCAGCUCCUUGCUGUUGGAAGCCAAACCUACCGAAAGAGCUCACCCUACAACAAGGCGCAUCACGACUGCCAGACCAGCCACUACGCCAUGGAUGACCCACGGGGUGUAUAAGACCACCAUCCGCCCUCUCUCCACCGCACCAGUGGUCCAGGCCACCACCCAGCCUGCCUUUGUGGAAUCGGGCAGUGCAGAAGGCAGUGGAGACCAAGAGAUGGGCAUCAGUGGAGACCAGGAGUCUAGUGGGGCAGGCUCUGCCGGGGAAGAGGAGGUGGAGGAAAGCCAGGUAACUUCCACCCCAGCCAUCGAGAGGGCGACAUGUUACAACACUCCACUGGGAUGCUGCUCUGAUGGCAAGACUGCGGCUGCUGAUGCUGAAGGCAGCAACUGUCCGGCUACCAAAGUCUUCCAAGGAGUCCUCAUCCUGGAGGAGGUGGAAGGCCAGGAGCUGUUCUACACACCCGAGAUGGCUGACCCCAAGUCGGAGCUCUUUGGGGAGACGGCCAGGAGCAUUGAGAGUGCGCUGGAUGAGCUGUUCCGCAGUUCUGACGUUAAGAAGGAUUUCAAGAGCAUCCGUGUUCGAGACCUGGGGCAGAGCAGUGCUGUCCGUGUCAUUGUGGAGUCCCACUUUGACCCAGCCACGUCCUACACGGCAGCUGAUGUCCAAGGGGCCCUGUUGAAGCAGAUCAAAGCAUCCAAGAAGAAGACCAUUCUGGUGAAGAAGCCCCAGCAGGAGCAUGUAAAAUUCAUGGACUUUGACUGGAUCCCCAGGCUCUUCACCACUACUGUGACCACCACCACGGCCACCACCAUGGCCCCCGCCACCACGCGGAGGUACACCACGGCCUCCGCUGCCACCACAGCCCACGUCCUGCGCCCAGACGCUGCAGGACGACCCAGCAGCAAGAUGGCAGGAGCUGCAAGCACCAAGAGACCCACGUCCACCCUCCCUGCCACCACGCGGCGGAAGCCCAUGCGCCAGCCCUCCACUACGAAGAAGCCCUCGCGGCCCUGCGACUCUCACCCCUGCCUGCACGGUGGCACCUGCGAGGAUGACGGGAAGGAGUUCACCUGCAGCUGCCCGGCAGGCAAAGGAGGAGCCGUCUGUGAGAAACCCAUCAGGUACUUCAUCCCCAGCUUUGGUGGCAAGUCCUACCUGGCCUUCAAGAUGAUGAAGGCGUACCACACGGUGCGCAUUGCCAUGGAGUUCAGGACUGUGGAGCUCAGUGGGCUGCUGCUCUACAACGGGCAGAACCGCGGCAAAGACUUCAUCUCCCUGGCGCUGGUGGGCGGUUUUGUGGAGCUCAGGUUUAACACUGGCUCCGGCACAGGCAUCAUCACCAGCAAGGUCCGCGUUGAGCCUGGCAAGUGGCACCAGUUAGUGGUGAACCGCAACCGGCGCAGCGGCAUGCUGUCGGUCGACGGGGAGCCCCACGUCAGCGGGGAAAGCCCCACGGGCACCGACGGGCUCAACCUUGACACGGACCUCUUCAUCGGUGGAGCACCAGAGGACCAAAUGGCUGUGGUGGCAGAUCGUACUGCUGCUACAACUGGCCUGAAGGGCUGCAUCCGCCUCCUGGAUGUGAACAACCAGAUGUACGACCUGCGGGAGAAAGGCAGUGACGUGCUGUAUGGCAGCGGGGUGGGCGAGUGCGGCAAUGACCCCUGCCACCCCAACCCAUGUCACCAUGGUGGCAUCUGCCAUGUCAAGGAGGCAGAAAUGUUCCACUGCGAGUGUCUCCACAGCUACACCGGUCCAACAUGUGCUGAUGAGAGGAAUCCCUGUGACCCUACGCCCUGCCACGUCUCUGCCACCUGCCUGGUGCUGCCAGAGGGAGGUGCCUUGUGCGCCUGUCCCAUGGGCCGGGAAGGAGAAUUCUGCGAGCUAGUGACAGAGCAGGACCACACUAUACCCUUCCUCCCGGAGUUCAACGGCUUCUCCUACCUGGAGCUGAAUGGGCUGCAGACCUUCGUUCCUGACCUGCAGGACAAAAUGUCUAUGGAAGUUGUGUUCCUGGCCAAGAAUCCCAGCGGUAUGAUCUUCUACAACGGGCAGAAGACAGAUGGCAAAGGGGACUUUGUCUCUCUAGCCUUACACGACGGUUACCUGGAGUACAGAUACGACCUGGGCAAAGGGGCAGCUGUGCUCAGGAGCAAAGAGCCGGUUCCUCUCAACACCUGGCUAAGUGUCUUGUUGGAGAGGAAUGGGCGCAAAGGGGUAAUGAGGAUCAACAACGGCGAGAGGGUGAUGGGAGAGUCGCCGAAAUCCCGUAAGGUGCCUCACACCUUCCUGAACCUGAAGGAACCGUUUUAUGUGGGGGGAGCCCCCGAUUUCAGCAAGCUAGCUCGAGCAGCUGCCAUCUCCACCAGCUUUGAUGGAGCUGUGCAGAGGAUCUCCAUCAAGGGGGUGCCAGUGCUGAAGGAGGAGAACAUCCGCAGCGCCAUUGAGAUCUCUCCGUUCCGAGGCCACCCCUGUACCCAGAAACCCAAUCCUUGCCAAAACGGAGGCGCUUGCAGCCCCCGGCUGGAGAGCUAUGAGUGUGCCUGCCAGAGAGGCUUCUCCGGGGCUCACUGUGAGAAAGUGAUCAUUGAGAAGGCUGCUGGAGAUGCAGAGGCCAUUGCUUUUGAUGGUAGGACAUACAUGGAGUACCACAAUGCCGUGACAAAGAGCGAGAAGGCGUUGCAAUCAAACCACUUUGAACUAAACAUCAAAACAGAAGCCACUCAAGGGCUGAUCCUGUGGAGCGGGAAGGGGUUGGAGCGAUCGGACUACAUCGCCCUGGCCAUAGUGGAUGGCUUCGUCCAAAUGACCUACGACCUGGGCUCCAAACCAGUCGUCCUACGAUCCACGGUCCCCGUCAACACCAACCAGUGGAUUCAUAUCAAAGCGUACAGGGUACAGAGAGAAGGUUCCCUUCAAGUUGGCAACGAAGCCCCCAUCGCUGGCUCUUCUCCGCUUGGUGCGACACAGCUAGACACAGACGGGGCCCUGUGGCUGGGGGGAAUGGAGAAGCUGAGCGUGGCUCACAAGCUGCCCAAAGCCUACAGCACCGGCUUUAUUGGCUGCAUAAGGGACGUGAUUGUCGACCGCCAAGAACUGCAUCUGGUGGAGGACGCUUUAAACAACCCCACGAUAUUACACUGCUCAGCCAAAUAGACCCCCAGGGACCCUUCCUUCUCCUUCCCUCCCUCCUGCCUAUUGCUGUAAUUAUUUUCUAUUUUUGUAAACUUAUUGCUUUUUAUAUUUUGGGGGGAGGGGGGAAAGGGAGGGGAGGAAACACCUUUUCUUUUGGGUUAUCUGUUCGGUUGCAGUCUAUCCAGGUCAGUCAGACUCUAAGCAAACAGCAGCAACAAAGAACAAACCUUGAACCAAGUCUCCAAGAAGUGACAGAAGAACUUCCCCAUUGCACCUGCAUUGUAAAUCUUAUUUGUACUUGAAGCUUCUUUUUUGGGUUCUUUUUCCCACUCCUUACUUGUGUUCUUGGAUUGUUGUUCACGCCCGUGGGGGAAAGGAUGCUGGUGCUGGCAAGACGUGUGGCCUUUGUGGAUUCACUGCCUUCCCAUCUCGGGCCUGGCCCCACGGCCCGCUCUGCGAGUGCCACCUGAGCAGGGAAGUGGCCAUCAGAGAAAAGCAGGAAUUACCACUCUGGCUCUGCCAAGCCUUCUCCUGGCCCUGUGUUCACCCUGGCUCCCUCCUCCCUUUCUUCCUCUCACUAUAAUUUAUGUGUGUAAGAAUCUCAAGUGCUUUUCUCCUUUAUGCUCUGUUAAAAUCAGGGAUGCCAUGCACUGGAAGAGAGACCGAGGUCUGCUCUGAGCAGGCAGAAAAGCAUUGCUCGUUGGUUGUCUUAUGACUGUUUGCUGGACUGAGAGGUGCUGGGGGGGAAACGUUGAUUUCUGUUGGCUCUCCUCCUCCUCCUCCUCUUGGACAUGUGCAGAAGCAGCUGUGAAACCUCAUUUCCACACUUUGUGUUUAUCCAGACGUGUCUUUAACCACCUGCUUGCCCUGGCUGCUCUUCCCCAGAGCUUCUGUGUACCAAGCGUUGCCCUCCCGUGCACCAGUGAGAACUUGCAGCACAUCUUCAAGAGCUGGAAGUGCUCCUCUUCUUCCAGUGCUGUCAAAUGGGCUGUGAGGGCACGGGGACUUGGGUCCCUUUUCACUUUAAAAAACAUCUGUUAGAUGUUUUCUUCCAUGACCUGUGUCCAUUUUCCAGCCUCGGGGCAUGACUUGCCCUCUGUCUACCAUGAGGGUGCUUGCAGCUGGCCAGCGUGUGAAUCUCUGUCGAGCUGCUAUCAGAGCCUCUCCCAUGAAGAGCAAUCGGUGUUUUACCUUUGACUUCAAGUUUUUGCAAUGCCCAGUGCAAUGCAGGGUCUUCCACACCUUGAUCAAAGCUUCUCGGGAUGCUGCGAGCCCAGCGGCGAUAGCUUCAACUGAGACGGGACUGGGACGUGAGUCAGCUGUCAAGGCAGUAGUGUUUGGGAGGAGGGGUUUUUUUAAGUAUUUUCUUCCUCCUUGCUAAUCUUGAAAGGAAAAAUACUGUGGUGCCAGUUACAAAGCCAGUAUGUGUGUUUCUGAAUGAAUGUGUGUGUUUGCGAGUGUCUGUCAACCAGCGCACAUUUGCAUGCGAACACUUGAAUCCCUGUUGACGAACUAAUGGAUUUGCAUUUCGUGUUCCUUCUCCACGGAAAGAAUGUACUGAUGCUGUCUAGCAUCUCUGUCCCUUUCCACCAUGGGGACACAACUGUCCCUUUCCCACCCUGAGGUGGCAGCUGGGUAAAACCUGCUUUAUGGAGGGGUUCCAGGCCAGGUUGGAUGGGCCUUGGGCAGCCUGAUCCAGUGGGAGGUGUCCCUGCCCAUGGCAGGAGGGUUGGAACUGGACGAUCUUUAAGGUUCCUUCCAACCCAAACUAUUCUAUGAUUCUAUGGAGUGCAGGGAAUGAAUCUGAAGGGUCUUGCCAGGUAUCAAGUGUUCCUUAGUAACCCAGGGUGCCAUGAUUUUGCAGUUUAGCCCUCAAUUUCUGGCACUCCCUUUACGAAGUAGUGCGCCCCUUAAAAAUAUUGGUUCUUGGCACUGAAUUUUGAGCCGUGAAAAAUCAAAUUACUCUUCUCAGGGUGAGCUCUGAACACAGAUGCAACAAAGGGGAAGAAGGCAGUGUAAAAUCACUUGGGUUGCUUUUUUCUUUCUUUUUUUUUAGUUAAAAUAAAUCUGUCCCCCCCCCCUUGCCCAUCUCUGCCUUAUCGAUUGACAUUCCUCUAAAAAUCCAGUGGUUCGAUAUUUCACGGGGGGCUGUGCCCGCCGUGGGAUGCAGCCUCCGGAGUGUGCGUGCGCGUGGCUGUGUGUGUGGCAAUACCACAUUUUAAGUGGCUACUGUAUAUAAAUUGUGGUUCCGGGGUGGGGGGAGUACCGUGUCUGUGUCGUGAAAGGGAUGAACUGCUGUAUUUUGAGGUGUAGAUAGCCAGAGGCUCACUAGAACUGUGGGAUGGGAGGGAUGCGAAACCCUCAAUCUGUGUUUUGAGAACGCUGAGUCCUACCUGGGCAACGCAGCUGAGACCGAGGGUUGAAUGUGCCGACUCCAGCAGCAGAGGGGCAAGCACAGAGGAAGCUGCUAAUCUCCUAGGAUGCCACUGAAAUGAAGCCAGGGUCACUGCAAAAAAAAAAACCCAAACAAAAACUCUGUCUGCUUUUGCUGGGGCUUGGAAAUGCCUUAAAACAGGACCUUGCGUCCUCGUUGUCAAGCAUCUUGAACCAAGGUCCGAUUCAGCAGUGCUCCCUAGGGGCUGUGCACUUAACUUCGGCUUUAUUUUUAAUAGCAUUUAUAACAUGUAUGUUAAAAAAAAAACAAAAA